AUGCCCUCCUUUGAUCCUGAUCUAGACCUCUAUAGUAACAUCCAAAAUCUGAAACAGAAUGUCAGUACUGAAAAUCUUGAAAAAAUCACAAUUGGAUGGUGGUUUAUAUGGUUUAUCCGCAAUUCUGUUACGUUUAAACAAGAAAGCUUUAGUUCCUCACAAGCUUGUAUUCUCAUUCGUAAUUUCAUUAAGAACUGGCGUAAUUCCUUAAAUCAUGACAUGGAUGAUCCCUCUCAGACUACCAAUAAUCUUGAGAACGUCAAUCCUUUUGGUUUCAUAAUUAGAGAUGAAAAGGGGGAACUUAUUUUAGCAGAGGCUAAAGCCAUCCACAAUAGCUACUCCAUUCUCCAAGCAGAGGCCAUGGGCCUAAGAGAAGGGCUAAAAGGGGCCUUGUUUCUUGGUAUAAAAAAUUUGAUUAUUGAGGGAGAUAAUCUUGUGGUUGUCAACUCGAUUAAUCGUGUUUGGCAAAUACCAUGGGAAAUUAACAAUAUUAUUUGUGAUGCAGAGAUGGAUCUUACUACUUUGGAGUCCUUCUCCGUACGUCACUGCUUUCGAGAAGCAAAUCAAGCGGCGGACUUCAUGGCGAAUCAGGGGCAUACUACUCCAGAUCUCCGUUAUUGGUUCUCUUCCUUUGCUCCUCCGCUCUCUCUCAUCAUCCGAAAGGAUGCCUUAGGUUGGCCUACUUCGAGGGCCUAA